AUGGUACCGAUCUUGCAAAGUUGGAUCAUCAAAUACUUCAUUAAUGAUCCUAACGCGAAACAUAAAAUCUCAACGAAUGAGGUGAUGAUCUACAUCGCCUUCCUGAUCAUUACCAAUGUCAUCGCCAUUAUGUUGUUACAUCAUUCUGUCAUGCAAUCGUUACAUGUUGGCAUGAGGAUACGUAUCGCCUGCAGUUCUCUUCUCUAUCGGAAGUUAUUACGAUUGAACACAGCAGCCAUGAACCAAACCGGUACCGGACAGAUCAUGAAUCUUCUCAGCAACGAUGUCAUUCGCUUCGAUCAAUUAACAAUGUACCUGAAUUACAUAUGGAUCAUGCCUUUUAUGACCGCGAUCAUAGGGACAAUAAUGUGGCAAAAAGUCGGUAUUUCGUGUUUGGUUGGCAUCAGGACAUUGUUGAUCAUUGUCCUCCUAGGACAAGGGACUUUGAGCUUUUUGAAUCUCAAACUCAGACCAUGA